AUGACAAUACAAGAGUUACAAAAGCAUCAAAUACAUGCUUUAUCAUCAUUAUACAAUAAUAUUAACAAUAAUAGUAUGGAAAUAAUGCAUGUUGCUUGUGGUACCAAUGUUAUUCUAACUUGUCCAAUUAGUUCGAUAAAAACAGAUGAAGUAGUAUAUUGGUACAGAAAAAAUCCAUCUCAUAGUCGUCCAUCGUAUAUCUCUAUUGGUGAUAUUGUACUUCGUGAAUAUGCUGAACGAGGACGUUUUGAUUUAACAUCAAGAAAAUUGUUACCAUCAGAAUAUUUAAUAAAUAAUAACAACAAUAGUGAAUACAUACGUUCCGCAUUAUCAAUUACUAAUAUUUUAAAUGACGAUUAUGGAAUGUAUACAUGUAAAACAAAUUCACAAAUAAGAAGAACAGUAGAACUGAUUGUGAAUUCUCAGCCCGAUGUUCAUCCAAAACAUAUUAUUGUGUAUCCUGUUAAUCGUACAUUUUCUCUCACUUGCUCGUUGCUAUGUGAGCAAAGUAGCGAUAAAUUCGAUAGUUUAUUACCGAUUCAUUGGUUAUUUAAUGGACAAUUAGUGAACAAUAUUCUUCCAAAUGAUCACAUAAACAUUGAAAUAUUAAAUUAUAAUACACAACGUUUAACAGUCUAUUUGAAUGGAAGAAAGCAUACACGUCGAAUCGAUGAUAAAAUAGCUGGAAAUUAUACAUGUCAAUAUAAAACAUUACAAACAACUGUUCACGUACAACGACGAACAAAAGAAGAAUUACAUCGAUUACCACGUCAAGAAACGUCAGUAUAUUUGUCACAAAUAACAGAUACAGCAACCAGUAUCGAUCGGUAUCUACAAAAAUAUUCAGUUUUAAUGAUAAUGAGUUUUAUGUUAACAAUAUUCCAUUAUCAAUUAGCGACAUAUUAUUAA